AAUUUCAGAACAUAAUGUAUCAUUAUGGCUACUGUUGGUAGUUUCAAAAAAGUAUAGUGAUAUUUGAUUAUCUAUCUUUAUUGUUACUUUGUUAGUGGUUUUGUAACGUAACGUUAUACAAGAAUUUUGUUAAACUGGAAUUAAAUGUGAAUGUUUCGUACACUUUAGUUUUUUAAAAAUGAAUUGAGAUAAUGUUUCGGAGUAUUUAAAAAAAAUCUAAUGUCAGUUUUUAUUAGUUCUUGUACUCGUGAAUACACAUCAGUACUGUGUAACAUGUCCAUAAACAGUUCGUGUUGGUGUUACUCGAUGCAAUUUUGAUACAUUAUAGCAAGAAUUAUAAUAUUUUAUUAUAAAAUUUUACAAUUUACUCUAACUUUCCAUCCCGAUUCAACGAGGUUUAGAUCAGUGAGAUGGAGAUGGCGACCAUAAGAGAUGUUAUAAAGUUAAUCUCUAAAAGAAUCUUACACUAAGGAGACUUCUUUAAAGAGUACACUCCUAUAGGUACCCUAGACGUAUUCUAUAAUUUCAAUAAAUAGGGUGUUAAAGCUGGUACCAACGUUACUAUGGGUCGUUACACAGGAAAAAAAUGUCGUUUAUUAACGAUGUUAUGGCUCACCGGUCUAUUUUUCCUAGUCGAAAUAGUUGUGGGCUACCUGACAAACUGUAUGGCUUUGAUAGCUGACAGUUUUCAUAUGUUGUCUGAUGUAGCAGCUUUGGUCGUUGCAUUUCUUUCCGUCAAGAUGUCACCAAAGAAAUGGUCCAAAAACACAUUUGGUUGGGCCAGAGCUGAAGUUUUAGGAGCUUUAGUCAACGCCGUUUUUUUAGUCGCAUUGUGUUUCAGUAUUACCGUGGAGGCGUGUAAAAGAUUUAUCGAAGUAGAAGAAAUACACGAAGCGAAAUUGCUUGUAGGGGUUGGAGCACUUGGAUUAUUAGUGAAUAUUAUUGGAUUAUGUCUCUUUCAUGAACAUAGGAGUUCUCAUGCACAUUCGCAUGGCAUAUCUCGAAGUCACAACCGAUUGAGUACUCUAGUAGGAACGGAUGACAAUGAAAAUGAUGAUAGUUAUAGGCCAUCGACGCCACAAGUCAAAAGGACACACGGCCAUGUACACGAUGCGAGUCAAAUGAAUAUGCGUGGUGUGUUUCUUCAUGUACUCUCGGAUGCAUUAGGAUCUGUGAUUGUGAUAGUCUCUGCUUUAAUUGUUUGGCUGACAGAAUGGAAAUAUAGAUUUUAUAUUGAUCCAGCUCUCUCGCUCUUAAUAGUUAUUCUUAUUUUACAAUCGGUAUGGCCAUUACUCCAAGAAUCUGCAUUGAUUUUAUUGCAGACUGUACCGACACAUAUUCAGGUGGAUGCCAUUCAGCAACGUUUACUAGAAAACGUAGACGGUGUUUUGGCUGUACAUGAAUUCCAUGUAUGGCAAUUAGCUGGUGAUCGUAUUAUUGCUUCAGCUCAUAUAAAAUGCAGAAAUUUGUCAGAAUAUAUGAAAAUAGCUGAGCAAGUGAAAGAAUUUUUUCACAACGAGGGCAUACAUUCUACAACAAUUCAGCCUGAAUUUAUUGAUUACCACUCUAACAGCGAGGUCAAGGAAACACCGACCGAAGAUUGUGUACUAGAUUGUCCAAAGACUGACAAGCCUUGUAAUCAUGCAACAUGCUGUGGUCCUUCUAAACAGGGUCGUGAAACUCCAUCACCUGGAGAAACACCGUACAUGUGCAGACAACGAAACAGUCUUGCACGUUCUACUGGUUCAAUAGGAGGAACCGAACAGCAGGAAGUAAAUGAGAUGGAACGCGGACAUUUGUUAUCACUGCCCGCUUCACAUCACUCCGUCCAACUUCCACAUUCACAUGUUAAUACACCGGUUGUCUAAGUUAUCGUCAUAUUCUCGAAUAUCUACCUCUGUAACACAAUCUGCGGCGCGUUACAAUGUUAUUAUAAAAAUUCAAUAAAGUAAUAUACAUACUA